AUGGCCCCCAAGAAGAGCAAGAGAACCGCUGACUCCAUCAACUCGCGCCUGGCGCUUGUUAUGAAGUCCGGAAAGGUCACCCUCGGUUACAAGUCCACCCUCAAGACCCUCCGCUCUGGCAAGGCCAAGCUUGUCAUCAUUGCCGGCAACACUCCCCCUCUCCGCAAGUCUGAGCUCGAGUACUACGCCAUGUUGUCCAAGACCUCCGUCCACCACUUCUCCGGCAACAACAUUGAGCUCGGUACCGCCUGCGGUAAGCUCUUCCGCUGCUCCACUAUGGCCAUCCUCGAUGCUGGUGACUCCGACAUCCUGACCACCAGCACCGAGAACUAA